AUGGCAAUGAAGAUACUGAUAGCAGUCAGCGUAAUUGCCUGCGUAUUGGCUGAACCUCCAGUAGGGGAUUCAUAUUCCUACACUGAUCACCCAAGUCAACGAUCGAUCUCAACUCAAUAUGGUGCUCCAGCUUUCGGAUCUCGUUCUAUCAAUCAAGGAUACUCACAACCAUCGGAAGACUAUGGUGUUCCAGCACGUUCCAUUCAGACACGUUCAAACAUCGGAGUUUCCCAACAAUAUGGAACACCAAAGGAAAGAACUGCACCGUCCCAGAGCUAUGGUGCACCCGCGGCUCGUGGUCAAUUUGACGCUGCACGCGACAUUUCUCGUCAGUACAUUCCAACUGCACGCUCACAAGGCUUCAAUUCCCAAUUCAGUACAAGGAACACCCAAUUGUCCCAACAAUACGGUGCUCCUGAAGCUAGAAAUCUAAUUAACAAUCUGGAAGAACCAACUCAGGAAUAUGGCGUUCCUGCAUUGAGAAGUAUGUCCGAUACUAUUCCAGUUCCUGGCAUUCCUUCCGAUUCUUACGGCGCUCCACUACAAAGGUCUCAAGAUAUUCCUUCUGAACAGUACGGCGUGCCUGGACGAAGCUUUGGCUCGAAUAAAUCUCCAAACUUCCGAACUUCUGUUUCUCAAACUUAUGUUGCUCCUCGUUCUAACUAUGCCGCUUCUACAAGGUACAAUUCCUUCAACGCUCGAUCUCAAAGCCGCAAAAUUUCAGACACAUAUGGUGCUCCUGCCAGAUCUUUGUCCAUUCAAUACGGUGUGCCAAGUACUAAUUUCAGAGCAUCUUCUUACCAAAAGAGCCCUUCUGAAACAUACGGAGCUCCCAAUGAAAGAUCUUUGAGCUCUGAAUACGCAGCGCCUAGCGGGGGCUUGAACGCCAAGGCUUUUGUUUCUUCUGAUGUAUACGAGUCUGCUAGGUCCUCGCCGUCUGACAAGUAUGGUCCACCAGCUCGCGAAGCGAUGCCUUCUGACCAAUAUGGAGUUCCAGAACUAAAUUCAAUUCUGUCUUCCCAAGGAUACAAUUACGCACGAAAUGCUCUCGAUGAAUUAUUAAACCAGGAGCCAGCUAGCUAUGACUUCGGUUACAAAGUGAAUGACUUUGAAAGUGGAAGUGACUUUGGUCACACAGAAACGAGGCAAGAUAACAAAGCUGAAGGUUCAUACUUUGUGGUAUUGCCUGAUGGUUCUAAACAGGUGGUAGAAUACGAAGCAGACGAACACGGCUUCAAGCCCAGGAUCUCAGUGGAGCCAGCAGAGGGCACAGGCUAUGAUGACAACGCGGCGGAUCUCGCCAGAUCGGGACCCUAUUAG